GAGAGAUGGAGUACGUGUGAAGUGAGAAAAAAGGGGCAAAGACUCGAGUCACCAGAGACGAACUAGGGUUUCUUUCAAUUUCUCAACUUUUGUUCAGAAUUUCUCAUUUAUCCACCAUCGUCGUCGGACCCAUUUCCGACCUCAAUGUAUUUAUGUUGUAUUUAAUGGUUUUGGAUAGCUUAUUUCCCUUAUCUUCUUUCUAGAUCGUGUUAGAAUCAGAGACCAAGAGAUUAGGGUCCUUUAAGAAUCACCCAGUAAAAGAAGUUAUCUUCUUUGAUUCAAUACGAUAUAUAGAUUCUAAGAAAUAUCAUCUAAUCGGAUAUACAAAUCUAUAAACAUGCGUGGUUUGCAGAAAUCAAAAAGGGUUUCCUGGGCUUCUGACCUUAAUCUAUGUCAGGUGAAGCUGUUUUUAUCAGAUGAUUCUCCAUCUCAAAUAGGGUUGGUAAGUGGUGAAGAUAAUCUUCAAGCAAAGUCACUAUGGCAUCAACAAUCAAUUGGAACAGGAUCUGAUGAGAAUUUGCCUCCUGGAUUUGAAGGAACUCAUUCAACUAGCUUGAUAAACAAUAAACUGUCCCAAAUUCCUGUUAUUAAAUGGAGGUGUCCUCCCAAAUUCAUGUUGGACCAAAAUUGGCUAAUGGUUUCGGGAGAAGAAAGUCAAGAAGUGGAAGUACAAAAUCAACGCGAGAUGAGAGUCCUAGAAGCAAUAUAUCCUCGUCCAUCCUCUGUCCCUCCCGAUCCUUCUCCAUUGCUAAACAUGGACGACUUUCCACUCAACGACAAGAACACACCCCUUAUCCCCAUCACUCCCAUAGAAGAUGAAGAGGCAAUUGUGGACACGCCACUCAUUAACGAUUCAACAAAUCGUUUCAAUCCCACCAAUAAUAAUGGAAUCGCAUCUACUUCUGAACCCGAUGUUGUGACUGCUGCUUAUAAUGCCCUAACUUCCAUAAUGCCAAGUGGCGACCAAAGUCUUAUUGACCAUGAUUUGCUUGUUAAGAUUCUUAACGAUCCAAAAACAAUGGAAAAUCUGCUUGCUGAUCAUCGAGCCACAACUAAUUUGCAAAAUCCGCCCAACCCUAGGAUUCAAUUAUCGGAUCCAAAUCCGAAUCAAAAUCAAGUGCAGGUUAACAGGAAUGAACCUGCUGCGCCCUUUUACCAGAUUCCUUCUAACAGAGUGGGACCAAUUUCUAACAUUGGUCCAUCGGCUCCUUUAGCUAAAGACAUGAACUAUUAUAAGAGCUUGAUUCAGCAGCAUGGUGGGGAAAGAACAACAGAUAAUGCUCCUCUUCCUCCUCCACCACAAUUUGGUAACCGCCAGAGUCAGAGUCAUCAAGUUGGGCCUACUCAUGAAUUUUCAAACCACAAACCUAGGGAUUCUUCAAAGCAUAAGAUCAUGAAACCUUGUAUGUUUUUCAAUAGUUCAAGAGGAUGUAGGCAUGGAGCUAAUUGUGCAUUUCAGCACGAACCAUCACCCCAGCCACAGCGAGAGGUUCAAGCCUCAAAGCGAAUGAAGUUUGAUAGGGAAAUUACAGGUUGAAGGUUAUUGUGUCAUCUUGUAUAUUUUUGUUUUACUUGAUUUUGAGGAAAAAAAACAGAAAAAGAAAUAUUAAUUGAAUUGAUUUGUUGUUUCCCUUUGCAAAAGUUGACACUGUCAAAUUGAUGUUAUCGUUCUGGGUUUGAGCUA